AUGGCUGCUGUUCCUACUCACGAUAUCCCCGGCACUGAGCGUGAUGAGCUCUUGUGCACCUACGCCGCCCUCCUCCUCCACGACUCGGAUCUUGAGAUCACUUCUGAGAAUAUCAACAGUCUCAUCCACGCUAGUGGCGCUAGGCACGUUGAGUCCUACUGGCCUGUUCUCUUCGCCCGCAUGUUGAAGGGCAAGGACGUCUCUGAGAUGCUCUCUGCUGCUGGCUCUGUUGGUGCCGUCGCUGCCGCCCCCGCUGGUGGUGCCGCCGCUGCUGGUGGCGAGGCUGCUCCUGCUGAGGAGGCUAAGGUUGAGGAGGAGGAAGAGGAGGAGGAUGAGGAUAUGGGUUUCGACCUCUUUGAUUAA